AGAGACACACUACAGAGACGCUGAGUGUGAUGUGAGACAGACACAUUUUAGUGACUCCACAUAUUCGCAUGGACGCUACAGGAUUAAUACGAGCUGCAACACUACUGUGGAUACAUAUUUUUACCAGAAUACCGACAUUUCGCUCUUUUUAACCUAUUUGAUCUUCUCAUCACGUUAAAGGACAGAAGGAAGUUUCCUUCGAGGAAGAUUUUUUUUUUUUUUCAGGAGCAUCACUCGCAUCACCAACAUUCAGCAUCACUCACAUCACCAAAAUUCAGCACCACUCGCAUCACCACUCGCAUCACCAAAUUCAGCACCACUCGCAUCACACAACUGAUAACGAUUGAUGUUGUUUUCUUUUUAUUCUCUCCCGACAUUUUUUCAGCACACGUCUUGUGAGUUUUUGCGAGUAAGAAGUCACCUUAAGUGUUUUUUUUCCUCUCUCUCUCUCAAAUGAGUGUAUCAGAUCUGCUGCAGGUUCAACAGCUCUCUUGGUGGACGUGUGUGUGGUGCUGAAGUAGUUCACAUCCUCCUAGAAACCAACUAGAACUGUGUGUUGAUGGAGGGAUUAAGCAAAGCAGGAUAUAUUUACAGUCCGUGAGGACAAAUCUUGGAUUUUUGCAGGUUGUUGUCUGAGAAUACUGGUGAAGGAGAUCAAACAUCAUGAACAGCGUCACGGAGCUCGAAGACGGACCGCAGCACAAGGCUCAGAGGACGAGCUGUAGUUACCUCCUGUGCACCAUUCUGCUCUUUGUUGCUGUGCUGCUAGCUGUUACGGUAACAGGCACCAUCCUCUUAAUGAACCACUCCCAGGCACCUUCAGGCCUAGAUGGUCCGCCACUCAUCACUACCAAUCAAGACGAAGGCAACGCCCUAGUGACGGUGGAGAGAGGAGAUGGCUCCCGCAUUAACAUCUUCAUCGACCCCAACUGCCCCGACUACAACAGCAACUUCCUGCGACUGGAGGGGUUACAGACAUCACUGCUGCACUCACUCAGCCACCAUGACACGGACCUGAAGUCUGUGAAGGGACAGGAGCGUGCAUUGCUUGUCCAGUUGGCUGAAGAAAUUGCCAAGUUGUCAGCCUAUGGCAGCCAGCUGAAGGCGGAGUACAACGCACUGAAGCAGGGCCAGAGCAGCAUCAGCCAGGAGAUCAGCAUGCUGCAGACCGAGCAGGCCAGACUCGUCCAGCUGCUGUCCGAGAGCCAGAGUAACAUGAUGAAGGUGGUAAACACGGUGAGUGACGUGUUCGACUCCAUGCAGAAAGAACCUGGCAGCAUGAAGGUGUUCCUGAAAGCAGACUUGCAGAGGGCUCCAGUGCGCAGUGGUGUCAGACCCAGGGGGUGUUCCAGCGGAGAGGGACGACCAAGAGACUGCAGUGACAUCUAUGCUAGUGGACAGCAUGAAGAUGGGAUCUACUCCAUCUUUCCCAUACACUUUCCCACAGGCUUUCAGGUUUACUGCGACAUGAGCACAGAAGGAGGUGGCUGGACGGUUUUCCAACGCAGAGAAGACGGCUCUGUUAACUUCUACAGGGAUUGGGCCGCGUACCAAGAGGGAUUUGGCAAGAUUACAGGGGAACACUGGCUCGGUCUGAAGCGGAUUCAUGCUCUGACCAUCCAGGCUAAUUAUGAGUUGAGGAUUGACCUGGAGGACUUUGAGAACAGCACUUCCUUCGCGCAGUAUGGAUCCUUCGGCGUUGGAUUGUUCUCCGUUGACCCGGACGAGGACGGCUACCCGUUGAGCAUAGCGGACUACUCAGGAACCGCUGGUGACUCAUUGCUCAAACACAACGGCAUGAAGUUCACUACAAAGGACAAGGACAACGAUCACUCGGAGAACAACUGUGCAUCCUUCUACCACGGAGCCUGGUGGUACCGGAACUGCCACAUGUCCAACCUGAACGGACAGUACCUACGAGGCCAGCACUCGUCUUACGCCGACGGCAUCGAGUGGUACUCCUGGACUGGUUUGCAGUACUCCCUAAAAUUCACAGAGAUGAAAAUCAAGCCUACGUGUGAGCAAAACGAAUGAGUGAAGCAAAUGAUCUUCAUCCUCUGUGGUGUAGGUGUUAGAAAGACUAGGAACAGAAAUGUGCGAGGACUGUACGAUGAUGUACUCUCUUCCUGUUUAUUUGCGUGGUUCACCAUUUCAGUUGUAGUGUAGUGUUAGUGAUGAAGUGCGCUCUAACUGGUUACUUCUCUGAAUAUUAUGAAAUCAUGAAGUCAUGUUUGUCUUAAGGUAAAUGUUGAUGAAAUGUAAAAAAAAAAAAAUUUAUUUAGUAAAGAUUUGUCUGGAUUUUUUUUUUUUUUUUUAAAGCAACAGAUUAUCCCUGUUCUCAGAAUGAUUUAGGAUGUAUUAUGUACAGAUGUUUUUCUUAAUUAUCAUCUUGAUUUUGUCAUCAAGCAAGUCCUGAAAGCUGGGUAUUUCAGCCACUUCAGGCUGCAGGAAAGCAGAGAUACUGAGGAAAAAAAAAAAAGCUUAACUACUCUUCUAACACUUCAAUGGCACCAUGCAGCAAAAUGCACAAUUAUAGAGAGGCUAUUACAAAUGGAGCAGAGAUACCGAG